AUGGUAUGGCUAGGCAAACGCGCUCCGUUUCACUUGGCAAUUUUCCUGGAAUUUUCUUUUAAAAUGCCGGUUUUUCUCGCGACUUUUUUCUGUAUAAAAAUCGUAGAUUGAGCACAUUUUCACUUGCUUCCAGCUUUUUUUGCAGUGGAGCGCGUUUGCUUAAAGGACCAGGGAACCCAAAAUUUUGUGACUGUUUGAAUUGUCUCUUAUUGCCUCAUACACUGGUGAAAUGCUGCCUCUCAAAAAUGCCAAUGAACAAAACGGCGCGCAGUUAAAGUUGUGGCCGUGGCCUAGCGCCAAUGGCCUAGAAAUAUGCGCUUCUCGGCCAUUUUAUUUUUUCCGCUUUUUUUCCGGUUUUUUCGCGAUAAAAUCGCCCUUGUUCCACGGAAACCAGUCAUCUGGCACUUCGUAUCGACUGAAUGAAAACAAUUUUUUAGCAGUGAAAAAAUCAGUAAGUGCCGAACAAAUGUCAAUCAACUGAAAAAUGGGAGAAACCGUUAAUUUUUGGAAAAAAAUCGGUAAAAAAGCGGAAAAAAUAAAAUGGCCGAGAAGCGCAUAUAUUUUUAUAUAUUUUUCGGCCAUGGGCGCUAGGCCACGGCCACAACUUGGCAUUUUUGAGAGGCAGCAUUUCACCAGUGUAUGAGGCAAUAAGAGACAAUUCAAACAGUCACAAAAAAAUUUCACAAAAAAAGCAAAAAAUUUUUGGGUUCCCUGGUCCCUUAACCGUGCCGGUUAUACAAAGGCAUCACAAUGCCGCCCAUUCAAGGCGAUGUAUUUCAGCUGCGGCUGGAAUUAUCAAAAAGUUGUCAACUGAUGAAAUGCUCAUUAAGAAAUUGGGUACAUUUUAUGAGUUGACAAUUUUUGGUAUCUCCAAUGAUAACUGAGAUACAUCGUUUUGAAUGGACGGUGUAUCGGAUUGCUCAGUGUUUACGGUAGCAACACCUAUCCAGUCAGACUCGACUCGUACCGCCAUCCCAAAAUCGGAAGUGUCAACCGCCAUACCGGCCGCUACUCCGAAGCGAGAGAACAGUGUGAAGGAGGUGGUGGAGAGCAUCUGGCAGACGCUCAUCUCGUGCGUCCUCUGGAUCGUCGACUUCCUCAACGCCGCGUUCGAAGCGAUCGCCGACGCGAUCGUCAAGAUCUACCGCAUCUGUCUGUUCUGCUACCGCAAGCCGCACCACGCGAAAGAGCUGCUCGUGACGACGAUCCAUCUGAUACGCGUCUCGUACGAUGCGGAGAUUUGGACGUGGACGGACAUGUGGGAGGUGCUCAAGAGCCAUCUGAUCGCUCCGAUGACGAAGAGCGCACCGUCGACGCCGCAGAAGCCGAAGCCGAAGGAGAAGGAGAAGCAGAAGUGA